AUGGCGGAUGGCGCGAGGACAGCAAGACAUCGAGAGGGGGUCUUGGUUGGGAUGCCAGGGACCCCGAUGGUUGCUGUGUGGCUCGCCAUACCUGCUUUUGCUGUCUGUCCUAUACGCGGACUGGAGCAAGGGGGCAUUCGCGGAGUCCAUAAUGCCGGACCCCACGAUUGCUACAGACUUUCGGGUCCGCAUCAUUACGAAUUACAUACCGUGAGACAAGCGUUAAGCCAUCGAGCGUAUCAUCUUCAAAAUCACGGAAAAGAUGUUGGUUUCGACUGCAGGAUAAGAAACCGUUUCGACCCUUACCAAGAUGCCCCUAUUUCGUCAAAGGCUCACCUAUGGAGAUCUUUUGCGGCACGUCGUCUGAUGCGCAUAGCAGAAUGUAUGGCACGCCACUCUGCACUAGUUACCCCACUGGAUGUUAUCGUCAUCCUACUUGCGCCCGCCUUAGCCAAAGUCAGAAUGUCUAAGAGGGAGCUGGCGUUGCGCCCCAACGGACUUCCGGAAAUAAGCGCCACUUGUGCGACGCGAGGUCUUAAAUAUUCCCAUUAA